AUGAUUGGAAUCCAUAAAAAUAAUAUAUAAAAUUUAAUUAAUAAAUGUAUUACUCAAUCGUUAAUAGUAAAGACAUCUCUGAAGUGUAAAUAUUAUAUACGAAGAAUAGUGAGAAUCAUGAAUAGCUAUAGAGUGAAAAUUCGUAAUGAAUCAAAUUUGAAAACUAGAGUACCUAAAGAGGAUAGUGUUGAGGAAAAUGAAGAAUUUAUAGAAAAAUUUAAAAACUAUAAGGCACAUAAUAAACAAUUUGAAUAUGGGAAUCUUGUUAAUAUGGAAAAUAGCAAAUUGAAAAUUUAUAAAGAUUCAUGUUAUUUUGGUUAGAUAGCAAAUGGUAAAAGAAAUGGAAAAGGAGUUUUAAUUUGUAAUAAUGGAAGAAUUUAUGAAGGAAAUUUUGAGAAUAAUAGAAAACAUGGUUAAGGAUAUGAAUAAUUACCAGAUAAUUGUAUAUAUGAAGGGAUGUAUAUAAAUGGUAAACCUGAAGGAAUGGGUAAAUUUAUUUGGGAUAAGGGAGAAUAUUAUGAAGGUAGUUGGUUAAAUGGUUUAAAACAUGGAUAAGGAAUUUGGAUAGGCGUAAAUAAUGAUUCUUACAUUGGAGAAUGGAAAAUGGGUAAUACAAAUGGAUAUGGUGUGUAUAUAGCAAUAAAUGGAGAUAAAUAUGAAGGGGAAUUUCAUAAUAAUCUUAAACAUGGAUAAGGAAUUGAAUAUUUAUCAAAUGGUGAUAUAUAUAAAGGAUAUUAUGUUAAUGGGAAACCUGAAGGUUAAGGAGAGUACUUUUGGAAUUUAGGUAGUUAUUAUAAUGGUACAUUUAAAAAUGGAUAGAGACAUGGAAGAGGAAAUUGGAUUAAAGAUAAAAAUGCAUAAUAAUCUGAUUGUUAUGAAGGAGAAUAUGUUAAUGAUAAAAAAUGUGGUUUUGGUAUUUAUAGAUGGCCUACAGGAAGUAGAUAUGAAGGAAAUUUCUUUGAAGAUUUAAGACAUGGAUUUGGAAAGAUGUUUUGGGAAGAUGGAUCAUAUUAUUACGGAAUGUGGGAUAAAGGAAAUCAAUGUGGAGAGGGAGAAUAUGUAUAUAUUAAUAAUUAUUAUAGUGUAAAAAUGGAGAAUAAACUAAAUUUGGUAUUUUUGAGAAGAAUGUUCUUAUUAAAGAAGAUUUUGAAAAAGUCAAAAGAUAACCUCCUUAAAUCAAAAUUAGAUAAUAUACAAGUAAAUUAAUUUAAAUAUUUAUUUCUAGCAAGUCAAAAAACUGUUAGAUCAAAUAGUUAAUAAACUACUAAUACUUAAAAACCAUAAAUUAAUUUUAGACCAAACAGUGUUAAAUAACCAAAAAAAAUAAUUUUAGGUCAAAUCAAAAAUGCAUUUUAAUCCAAGUAAAAAAGAUAGUUUUCUCUCCAUAAAUAAACAAUCGAUUUAAAUUUUUGA